AUGGACAGCAACAAUCGAGAUACCUCACAGCCUCCUCGCGGCUCUGGCCGUGGGAGAGGCCCAGGUGGCGGCAGGGGUGACCAACAACGAAGUCGUGGCGGCAGUCGUGGCAGCAGCUGGUCGACCAAUCAACGCCGCGGUAGCAAUGCUCGCAUUGGCUCUGGACAAGGUCAACAUUUCGGCCGGGCAGGCACCAUCCACCAACGAGACAGCAGCAACUCUGGCUAUGGUCGUGGACAACAGAAUUUCCAAGGUCAAGGCAACGUUCCUUCCCUUGAUGCUCGAGCCCGCCCUUUCGUUCCCGGUCACAGCAAUCCUCAGAACCAAACCCCCAGCGGCCCCCACCGUAGCAGCAAUAUAGGCCUGCCUCAUGGUCCUGGUAGCCGGCAAGACCCUCCCAACGACGGUUCUGGCCGCGGUCGUGGUCUCGGUCGUGGUCGCAGCCCAGCUGGCGAUCAGCGCUCUACCAGCUACCAGCCUCUGGGACCUUUCGAGAAUCGCCGCUCCAGCGCCUACGGUUACCAACAGGGUCAGCAGGACAGCCGAGGUUCCAGUUCUUACAAUCGUGGCAGGGGUGGUUCCUGGAGCCGCGGCAGUGCAGUCCGGCAAGGAUCGAAGACAUUGACUGACGGCCAAGCGCCUCAGGGCCAACCACAACUCCCAUAUGGACAAGUGACACACUUGCUCGCAAACUACUUUCGCAUCACUGUCGGUGGCAUCAGGACGCUCUACCAGUAUGACAUAUCAAUCGUCCAAGUGGACAAAGACGGUAAGCCUGUCGAGGAGAAGGACAGUGGAAGGGGCACACAAGGGGCCACGCAGCAACCUGGGACCACGAAUAACCAAGGGAAGAAGAAGCGAAUUGGGAUACCUGGCUUGAAGAAGAGGAGAUUGAUUGCUAUGGCGCUACAAAAAUCGCAACAGGCCCGAUACUUUGGUCCAAAGGUCGCAAUCGCGACGGAUUACCACCGGAAACUCAUCGCUGAGGCCAGGUUGAACUUUUUGGACGAGGCCACGCAAAGCAGAGUCGAGAUUGACGAAACACAUGGUCGUCAAUGCACCAUCCACAUUGUCUACGCCGAUGAAUUUUACUCUCGUGAAGACACUCGAGAACCAGACACUCAGGAACCAGACGACCGGGAACGAUACGCAGUGACUAUCUCUGGACCCGUCGAGCUUCCUUUGGAAACCUUCCUCGGCCGUCUCCACCCGACGGCGCCUCGUACCGAUGCGGCAGCAGAAGCCCUCAAGGAGCCUGUCCUCGAUGCCCUCAAUGUCAUCUUCAGCUACCGCCCCUUCCAACAAUGCUUCAGAGCUGACCCGGAUGUUUUGCCUAACAUGUCCACGACCAAUGGGAAGAGAUUCUUCGGAAUUCCCACUGAACCCCGUGUUGGUACCACGACAUCCACGGGUCCAACGCUGGCAGAUGGGAAUAGCAGCGGUGGUGGCGGGCUCGACAGUGUUCCUGGUUUUGCCAGAAGUGUGCGAGCAGUGCGCUCGACCGACGUCAAGCUGCUCCUGAACGUCCACUCGGUGACGUCUCUUUUCUACCACCCUACUCGUGUUCAGGAUCUUAUUGACCUCUGGAUGGUCAAACAUAGACAGCCUCGGACUCGGACUGACUUUGACGAGUUAGCCGACUUCCUCACAAAUCUCUCUGUCAGGACUCUCCAUCAUGGAUUCUUCCAUAGAGUUACUGAGCUGCCGGGGUGCCAUGAGAAUGGGCGUCGCGUGCUUCCUACAGUCCGGAACACGGCAAUGAGGCCCCAAGAUCGAGAGCGUCCUGGCAUGACGGUGGCGGAGUACUUCUCGCAUCAUCAUGGGAUUCAGUACCCGGAUGACGGCGAAGACACCUACGUUGUCACUGUUGGAGAAGAAGCCGCUGCGCAAACCAUCCCAGCUGAUCGCCUGACGGUGAUGCCAGGCCAGCGGUACACGAAUCCUAAAGAACUUCCGUUCGGCGCAACCAGGCGUCCCAAUGACAAUCGAGAUCGUGUUCUAGGCACCGGCAGAGACAUUUUCUUCGGCAAUACUCCAGACACAAAAGGUGCAGUCCAGUUCGGAUUCGAUCUCGCAAAAGAGCUCUUGCGGGUCACGUUCAUCCAGCUCAGCUUACCAAGAGUACAGUACCGCAACUCUUUCAAUCCAGAGCUUCUCGUAACUCUUCCGCGUGACCAAGGACCUUCAGACGGCAGUUGGAAUCUGUUAGGCCAGCACUUCAUACGCACGUCGCCUGGUCCGCGACGGUGGACCUACCUCGCAAUCCAGGAGCACAACGGCCGAAGAUUUGAUUUACGUGAAGGUAACCGGUUCCAAACGGGCCUCCAGAAUGCUCUUAACGAUGCUGGAAUGUCCAAUUUUAUCUUCAGAGACUGGCCGAAUUACUUGCUGACACUUCCAGACUUCGACACUUUCCCAAGGAAGCGACGCUUCGACAAGUUGUGCGGCAGCGUCAGACAGAAAUUCCUGGAGUUCGAGGGCGAGGUUGAUAUCCUGCUCGUCAUCCUGCCGGACCAAAAGGUCGACACCUACAGCGCCGUUAAGAUCGCAGGGGACCAGAUCCUGGGCAUACCCACGGUGUGCUCCAUCUUGAAGAAGGGCAGAUUCAGCUCCAACGGGACGCUCAACAAGAACUUCGCUGCCAAUUUGACCAUGAAGAUGAAUUUGAAAACGAGCACGACCUCCGUGAACCACCAACUCGCUGAUCGGGCUCCGAUACUUACGGCAAAGACCAUGAUCAUUGGUAUCGAUGUCACGCAUAAACCUUCGACGGCUCUUAAAGGUGCACCUAGUAUCGCCGCCGUGGUCGGCAGUGUUGAUGACCAGUUCGCGCAAUGGCCUGUGAGUCUGCGUCUCAAUCCUGUCCAGGACGUGGAAGAAAGUGAGGUUCGCCCAGAGGAGGAUGACGACGGCCUGGGGAAAGGCAAAGGCAAGGCCGAGACAAUCGACAAGUCGAAGCGGUCCGACACGACCGCGACCGACGCCCCUAAACAAGCCAGAGAGAAAGUCCUCGAGCUCGAGGCCAUGGUGUUCGAACGACUUCUCGACUACUGGGAGCACAACCACGACAUGCCCGACCAGAUCAUCAUCUACAGGGACGGCCUCUCCGAGGGACAAUUUGACAUGUGCAGGAAUGAAGAACUCCCCAAGAUCAAGCGCGCCAUCGAAAACUUGAAACGCCACCGCCACGAGGGACACGUCAAGAAGAACGGAGGCGACGCCGCAGAGCUCCCAGAUGCAGCCACCGCAGUCAUCCUAGUCUGCGCCGUGAAGAGAAACCAUACCCGCUUCUUCCCGGCAGACAGCACCAUCAAGAACGACAGUGUUUACUGUGGUGGCGUGGAUAAAGAGGGAUAUUACAACUACAACCCCCGUCCCGGCACGCUGAUCGAGGACGGGGUCACCUACGGCGAUGGCCAGGACUUCUUCCUCAUCAGCCAAAAGGCCAUUAUCGGCACGGCCAGGCCGACGCACUACGUGAUCCUGGGGAACGAGACCAAGCACACGCGCAGAGAGAUUGCAGAAAUGACCCACAACCUAUGUUUCCUCUUUGGCCGCUCGACACGCUCUGUCGGCGUGUGUCCGCCCGUCUAUUAUGCCGACCUGGCAGCCGGUCGCGCUCGAUGCUAUGCCCGUAAGAUCUACAAUGCGCCGGACCGGAGAGUCCGAUACGACGACAGCAUACAUCGGCCCGAGCUGCAGGUCCACGACAACCUCAAGAAGAAGAUGUUCUACGUGUGA